GGAGCCUGGCGGACUGCUUCGUAGCUCCGGACGCUCCGGGACGUGGCGGGCGGCAGCGAGGGAAGACUGUCAUGCAGCCUCCGCUGUUCAGCUCACACCAGAAAGGACAAUUUAGGAGCUAAGAUCGUUCUUAAAAGGUGACACCAUGAUCCCUUGGGUGCUCUUGGCCUGUGCGCUCCCUUGUGCGGCCGACCCUCUGCUUGCCGCCUUCACCAAAAGGGAUUUCCAGAAGGGCUCCCCUCAACUGGUCUGCAGCCUACCUGGCCCCCAAGGCCCACCAGGUCCCCCAGGAGUCCCAGGGCCCUCGGGAAUGGUGGGAAGGAUGGGCUUUCCCGGCAAAGAUGGCCAGGAUGGCCAGGACGGGGACCGGGGAGACAGCGGAGAGGAAGGUCCACCGGGCCGGACAGGUAACCGGGGGAAGCCAGGACCGAAGGGCAAAGCCGGGGCCAUUGGGCGGGCUGGCCCUCGCGGCCCCAAGGGCGUGAGCGGUGCCCCGGGGAAGCACGGCACACCGGGCAAGAAGGGGCCCAAGGGCAAGAAGGGGGAGCCGGGCCUCCCCGGCCCCUGCAGCUGCGGCAGUGGCCAGGCCAAGUCGGCCUUCUCAGUGGCGGUGACCAAGAGCUACCCACGGGAGCGGCUGCCCAUCAAGUUCGACAAGAUCCUGAUGAACGAGGGCGGUCACUACAAUGCGUCCAGCGGCAAGUUCGUCUGCGGCGUGCCCGGGAUCUACUUCUUCACGUACGACAUCACGCUGGCCAACAAGCACCUGGCCAUCGGCCUGGUGCACAAUGGCCAGUACCGCAUCCGGACCUUCGACGCCAACACGGGCAACCACGACGUGGCCUCGGGCUCCACCAUCCUGGCUCUCAAGCAGGGGGACGAGGUCUGGCUGCAGAUCUUCUACUCAGAGCAGAAUGGGCUCUUCUACGACCCCUACUGGACCGACAGCCUCUUCACAGGCUUUCUCAUCUACGCCGACCAGGAGGACCCCAACGAAGUGUAGACAGGCCGACGCCGAGUCCUCAGGGACCAUGAACACGCUCCUGGACUUCUGCUUACAGAGCACGACCCCUGGACAGUCUGCUGGGGCUGGGAGCCGGGAGCUUCCGGACUCAGGGCGACCUCCUCUGCCCCCUUUUUCUCCGCCAUUAAA